UCUGAUUCCUGGACUCGGAUUACCUACGUUUUUUUGUCUGGGCGGAUAGGACCUGUCAUCUUCGGAUUCUGAUGACGAGUCUUGUUCUGGUCUGACUCAGAUACCCGACACCAACCGGAAACGAAACCUUCUUGGUCUCGUCCUUGGAAGGGUUGUCGAAUCUGUGUUUGCUCUCCUUGUGUCCGUUUGCUUCCCCCCGUCGACGGGCCAACUGCCCUCCCCCGUUUUCCUGCGCGACAUCGACAUGCUCUUAGCUGGCUCCUGCUUCCACCUGGAAUUGCAGAUACUAGUAGUGCUAUGUCAGUAGUGGCUGCCACUGCCGCUUCCCUCGUCCCUUGUCCCUUUACCUCAGGAAACACAGCUCCAGAAACCGGCAACCCCGUCUCUCUGGUACUAUGAAACGGACAAGAAGGGCCACGGCGACGACGUGCGAGUGCUACCUCGACACAGCCGAGAUCAAGCGGGGGAGAUGGCAGGAGGAUUCCAGCGAAUGUCUACGCAACUGCAAGGAGCACGUCAUGCGGAGCGUGUUGAAGGGCUGGGGGGAGAGCUCGGGCUGGGUUGAUGGCUGCCGUAUCCUCAACGACACCGUGCCGGUCCGCGAUUUCUGGUCCCUCUACUGGUGCGACGAGACCUUCUGCGGCGUGGCGAUCAGCCAGACGGGCGGGCUCGGGCAAGACCCCAACGUCGACCUCAUCAUCAACACCUGCCAGAAUAUUGGGUUCUACUCGGUGCUCGACCCGGGCCCUCGCCCGCCGGGUUUCAAAUGCAGCACGGAAGCCGAUACAUCGGACGGCUGUUCGUUCACAGCGAUGGGAUUGCCCGGGGCUACCAAGGCGCCGCUGCCGGAUGCUACACAGCAGCCCAUACCUGCCGACUCGGCCGUCCCGAGUGCGGCAAGGACACAGGUAGCCCCCACGCCCGCUGUAGUUGCGUCAGUGGCUAGCUCGGCGCCCGCUGCUGCUACCGAGCAAUCAUCGUCAACCGCCGCGGCCGGAACCACGUCAACAACAUCCGGGAGCGACCUGACCGACCAAGGGAAGGCAGCGGUUGCAAUCUGCUCCGCUCUCGCGCUGAUGCUGCUGGUGACCUUCGCCCUGGUGUGGCUCCGACGGCGGAAGCGACGCAAGGCCUCCUUCGACCGGGCUCUGCGCUCACGACGGGCGCCAGGUCACGGUAUCCCGCCGGCCGGAUCCCCUACCCCCUUAAUCUCCCCGGCCCAGUCCGCGGUCGGCACUCGCACAGUGCUCACGCCGCCCCUCCGCCUCCGCGACCGCAAGUUCCUGCUCCCGUCCAUCCUCCGACACGGCAGCCGCUCGCCUUCCCCGCCGCUGACGCCACUCACGCCCGCCCACGGCCCGCAACCGGGCGGCGGAGGCAGCAGCAACAGCAACAAAGGCAGCGCCGUCUUCCCCGCCUCCCCGAUCUGCUCCUCAACCACGACCAAACUCGUGCCGCGGCCCGAGCGCACCGUCGCACUCACAAGAGUCACAACAACAACAGCAAACUCCCGCACACAGGCCACGACCACCACUACCACAGCCGGCUUCCCACCUGCACUCUCGCUCUCCUCGCUCACGGGGGCCGACUCAACCCUCUCCCUGCCGAUUCCCGUCCCAGGCUCCUGGCCGGCCGAGCGUCAUAACCAUAGCCGAGCCAGCGCCAGCGCGAGCAGCUGCUACACGGGCACGUCCACGGCUCAUUCCUCGCUCCGCCACGAGAUCCCCAUUGGCGUUCCCCUGCAUGCUUCUUCUUCUGUGCCGCAGAAUGGCAAUAUCAGCCCCAGUGGUGGCGGAGCGGGAAAGGGUUGGGGAGGAGGAGGAGGGAAGAUCGGAACGUCCCCACCGCCACCGCCGCCGUUGCCGCCGAGCCGGACCCGGAUCCGGAUCCGAGGGGGAGCUGGGGAAGCUGGAGCGGCGGCGCUGGUGUUUGCUAUGGCAAACAAGCUGGUCAUUCUGGUGUUACGAAGAGAAGUUUGGCUCGGAAUGGGCAUGGAGGAGGAGGAGGAGGAGGAAGAGGAGGAGGAAGAGGAGGAGGAAGAGGAGGAGGAAGAGGAGGAGGAAGAGGAGGAGGGACUAUUAGACGAGCGAGAGCAGCAGCGACCGGACGGCGACGGGGGGCACCAUGGUGUCUGCUGUUUCGAGGAUGUCUAGCACGAGGGGAGGGAAUGAUACCAUUGCUGGGAGGAUCUGAAACUGGGCUGGUUUAAUUAGGGUUGAGAAUUGCUGUGCUUGGGCUUUGGGGAGGUAGUAAAUGAGGCGUUGCGUUGGGAUAACUUGGAGUUAUUUGCUUUUAAGGGGGAAACCGGUAAUGGAACCCGCGAAGCAGAGGUCGGCUGGCUGGCCUUGUUGAAAUGAACUGGAGGAUAACAAGGAUUCUGCGUGGUAAUUCGCUGUUUCUGCCUCAGCUCUUCGCCAUGCGUACAAGCAGUCAGUGACUGGGCUGAGAAAUUGAGAAAUGCGUGGAUUUGAUCACCUAGAAGAAGGAAAGCAAACAUCGAGACACGUAAACUCCAAAAACUUUCAACGAAAUUGACCGAGUGGAGGAAAAGAAAAAGAAAAAGGAGAGGUAACCGACUUG